CGCGUGUGGGAGGCCGCGCCAUGUUUCAAGGGCAGCGGGGAUGGUUCUGCAGCAGCGUCUGCGGGGACCUGAGGCAGUUCUGGGUGGCCGAAGGGGGCACGAUCAGUGACUCGAGGGCGGCCGACUUCUUGUUCAGCUGCGAUGCUUCCCACCCAGACACGCUGAGAAAUAAGAAGAAAAAUUGGUAUAUUUAUUUGGGAACAAGACCAUUUUCUGAUAGAAAAGAACAGAAAAACAUUUUAUAAGGACUCCAGAAAAG